AAUCGCUACUGAGCUCGAGAGCGGGAAACUCGAGAACCCAUUUCAGAGAGAGAGAGAGAGAGAGAGAGAGGGAUGGAAGGCGAAACGAAGAGGACGGACCUGCGGAGCUUUCUCGAAUCAAUCAGAUCAUCGGAGGUUUUGGAGGAUCGUGUAUCACUUAUCACUCAAAUCGGGAAUUGUUGUCAAGUUGACCCAUCAGAUUUAGCCCUUUUAAUUGAAUGGCUUGUAACAUUUUGGAAGGAAUCUACAUGCUUGAGCUUAUCAAAUUGCAUGUUAAAUAAAGCAGUUCUUUGUGCCGCUGCAAAGUAUUUGGAAUCAGAUAUAUCCAACUAUAUAAGCCAGUUUCUCAUUCUAGGAACAAAGGCAAAUGUAUGGUGCAUAAAACAUCUCCAAGUGAUUAUUAUGUCAAUUGAAGAGGCAAGAGAUGAAGAACACUCUAACCUAUUCUGUCAGUUAAUCAUGGAUGCUUUGAGUUUCUCCUUGGCAAUUAUUUCUAUAUUGACACGUUCUCCAAUGUUAGGGGAAAAAGUGCUAAUGCUUAGCAUUGAAACUUUCAUCUCCGAACUGUUGAAUCUAACAAAGAGUUUAAUUUUUGAGGUCAAGAAAAUUCAUUUGAUUACAUCUGAAGUACUUAAAGUAGCACAAGUGGUUCUAGAUGCUGCUGUAAAGUUAUGCAGAGCAUAUUUUCAAACUGUUAGGCAAGACUUCAUGGAGAUGAGUAUUAACAGUGGUGAAAGAUCAGAAGAAGAUGGGCAUGUGGAUUAUGCUCGUCACAUUGUUGCUAUAACUGCAACCACGAUAGAAUGUUUGUAUGAACUGGGAAUUUUUGCUGCUUCUGGUGGAGGGAAUCUUGUGAGUGUACUCAACAUAUCAUGGAAAGGUGUAGUUUUCCUUCUUCAGCUUGAUAAAGGAGCUUUAGCUGAAAGAGUAAAUAUAAGCGACAUUAUAUUAACCCUUAUUUCACUGGCUACUGAGACUCUACAAUGUGCUGCUGAAACUUGGUCCUCUGCAACAGAAAAGGAAACUCCAAUCGUUUCUGAAGCUAAAAGAACAUUUCUACCAAUAAAGUUUUACUUGAUUAAUGCAGUUCGAAUCUCUUCCGAAUAUUCCUUUUUAGCCAUUGAUAUAUAUCAAGAGAUAUCUAGGUGUGUAUUAUUGAUCUCAUCAGUGGGUAUUUCAUUGAGUAGAAAAACACACCUCAGAGCUGUGAGUGAGGCACUAAUUGAGUUCCUGGAGCCAACAUCUUUCCUUCUUCUGCAUACACUAUUAAAUUCAGCUGACGUGAAGUUUGAAUCCAAAAUCCAGAUACUUGACUGGCUAUUUUCAUACACAAUAGACUCUGGUUCAGUAAACAUGGAAAGAGAUUUUGAAAGUUCUGCAGAUUUAUUUAGUACUAUCUUCACUGUGAAUUCUGAUGCUAUACCCAAGAGUGAAGUCUUACUGCUUGGUCGAGUUGUUCUGUUCAUGAACCUUCUCAGGUCUUCAUCAACUCUAAAAGAUGAAAUGGUACAUGCAAUUGCUAAAAAGCUUGACAUGCUUAUGAAUGCCUUGAUGCACGAAGAUGUCUACUCUUCCAUUCUUAGUUUGCAUACACCAGUUCUUUGUGCUUCUGGUCCUGAACCUGGACUUACUUGGCAACCAUUGUUUUAUAGUAUUUUACACUCCUUAAAGGUCUUUCUCGUUGUUGCUUCGUGUUGUAGACUAGCAUGGAUUGAACUGGAAAGCUUUCUAUUCAAGAACCUCAUCCAUCCUCACUUUCUCUGUCUGGAUAUUGUGAGAGAAUUGUGGUCCUUUGUCAUACGCCACACAGAAAUAGAUGUGAUCAAUCAUGUUGUUGAGAGGUUAUGCAUACUGUUCAAGGGUCUAGCAUCAGCAGAGCCUGUGCUCACACCCUUUUGUACUCUAAGGAAGAUGGCAAGAUCAAUGUGUUGUCUUCUUACUAACACAACAUCUGCUGCCAAAGAUCAAGUAUACCUUUCUGUAACAACUGAUGAGAAAUCUUAUCUGUCAUCUAUCAUGCUCAUUGCAUUACUGUUGGAGGGAUUUCCUCUGGACUCAUUAUCUGAUAAUCUAAAACUAUCCGCCAUCCGGAAGAUCGUCACUGCAUUUUAUGGUUUCAUGGAGAGUAAUUCUAAAGGGCUCAGAUUAAAUGGUUCUUUAGGAUCUUCAGAUUUCAUUGGGUUGCCAGUUCAUGCUUUAUCGUCUUUGAUGCAUUCUUGUGAGAUUAAGAGUUCUGAAAUUAUUGAUAAUAAGGACAUCUCCCAAAUUCUGAAGUUUGCUAUUUCUCUCGUUCAUGGAGUUGGAGAUGCUGCAGCUGAGUUCAAGGACCACUAUGCCAAAGUUCUUUCUGCAGUACUAGAUGUAAUAUCAACCUCAAAGCAGUCUUACAUCUCUGAUGAAAUGAAAGGACUCAUCUUAGAGCUGCAAACCCUAUUCAUGGCAACCUCCGAUUCUGAUAAUGUACUGUAUCAGUGCAAGCCUUCUCUGGUUUCUUUCAUGGUCAGUUUUAGUCACUUGGAAAUAGCAGAUGGUGAAGGCAGUGAGCUUUAUUCUGCAAUUCUGAGCUUGUAUCAUGUCUUGCUGAGGGAGCGACACUGGGCAUUCAAUCAUUUGGCAGUUGGUGCUUUCGCAAAUUUUGCUGCUUGUACAUCUUGUUCUCAGCUGUGGAGAUUUAUCCCUGAUGACGCAGCACUUUCAUUGUUGAAAGCUUAUCUUGAGAAAGAGGCAGCGUUACAGGAGCUAACCCCAUGCAGAGAGCAGCAACAUCAUCUUAUAAAGGAAGGUGUGAUGCUAAGGAACUUAAGUAACAUACCAGAUAAAGUGCCGGAUAAAGUUACAGAUGUUUCUGAAGCUGAACCUAUGGAGAUUAUCAAUGAUGAAUGUGUAAAGAAAAAGAAAAGGAAGCUCCCUGAUGGAGUUUGUGACGGUAUGGAAUUGCUGCAGAGUGGUUUGAAGGCGAUGAACAAUGCACUUGCACAGGAUGACUCCCCUGAACUAAAGGAUAUGUUCUUACCUCAUAUCUCCAGCCUUAACGAUGUUAUUUCCAACCUUAUGAGACUGUCUGAUGAUGUAUAAUCUUUGGAGAAUCUCCUUAAAGGUGUUUUUUUUUUUAAAUUUUGUUCAUAAAACUUCAUGCAGAAUCAAUUCCGAGACCGCAGAUAGCAUUCCGGAGGUUUAACGGUGAAAUAUUUGUACGACAUCGCCAGUAAAUAUUCCUUCUAAGCUGCAGAUAUUUCAAGUCA